AUGGCCUUUAGGGCAAAAAGUUGUACUGAGAAGGAGUAUCUAAGUUCAAACUCAAUUGACAAUUCCGAGGAGACUGAGUUUGAUGCUUUUGAACAUUUAACUCCUGAAUUUUUGAGUGCUUUGAAAACCUCUGGCCUGCCUAAUCAUUCUAUCAAAUUGAAAAUUGGCACAACUAUCAUGUUGUUGAGAAAUUUGGAUCAAUCAGAAGGCUUAUGUAAUGGCACAAGACUAACCGUUACAAGAAUGACCAAUCAUGUUAUUGAAGCGCAAAUUAUUUCAGGGAAAAAUGUUGAAAGCAUCAUUUAUAUCCCAAGGAUGUCAUUGUCACCCUCUCAAUCACCAUGGCCGUUCAAGCUUGUCCAAAGACAGUUUCCUAUUAUUGUCUCUUUUGCCAUGACUAUUAACAAAUCUCAAGGGCAAUCUUUGGACUUCGUAGGAUUGUACUUGCCAAAAGAGAGUGGUCUUCUUCCUCCCGUACCGACUAAUCCAUCCGAGAGCAUUACCGUCCCACGUUCUCACACUUAA